AUGCUGCUGGUCCUGCUGCUGGUCCCAGUCCAAGUCCAGGUCCCUGUACCCGUCCCAGUCCCAGUCCCGGUUCCAGUCCCAGUCCAAUCCCUGGCUCCAUCAUGAUGCUCGUCCCAGUCCUGGUCCCAGUCCAGUUCCAGUCCAGUCCCCAUCCCAUCCCAGUCGCGAUGCUGGUCCCAGUCCCAGCCCAAGUUCAGUUCCAGUCCCAGUCCCAGAACCAAUCCCGGUCCCAGCCCUCAUCGUGGUCCCAGUCUCAGUCCAGGCCAGGUGCCAGUC